AUGUCGAGCUCGCUGUCGUCCACGUCCUCGGGCUCAAGCUCUUCGGCUGCCGUCGUCUCCGCCGGCAGCAGCAGCAGCGCUGUGGCCGCCUCGGACUGCGCCUGGGAGCAGGUGACGACGGGCGACUCGUGCUACAUCCAGCCUCGCUCCUGCUACGACUGCCUCAACACGGCGCUGAGCAACGGGCAAGAAUGCGUGUUGACGCCGUACGGCCUGUGUGAGAACAUCUCGGCUUAUGACUACACGGAGGACUACCGACGUGCGCAGUCGGCGUUCACGUAUCCGAUCCACUACAAUUACUUCCCAGAGGUCAACACCACCUACUGCGAGCCUAACGACUCGGUGUGCAAUUCUUGUCAAGAAACCACCUUCACUGUUGGGAACAACAACCCGUCCGUGUAUUGCACGGGCACCGACGACUGCGUCUGCGUCGCCGUGUGCGAGUCCGAGUCCUGGUGGAACGAUACGCUCGCGAGACUCGCAGCGUAUCUAAAGGAGAACAACGAGACGACGACUUGCCCAUUGGCGGCCAAUUCGUCGUCUACCUCUGCGGGCGCUGACGCUUCAGCGUCCAGCAGUUUGACGGUGCCAGCCACCAAGGACGCCUACGCUGCGGACGACGAGUGUAAGUGGUACCAGAACUCGACGCUGUGUCAGACCCCGCGGACAUGCUACGACUGUCUGAACACGGCGCUUUACAGCGGACGCAAGUGCACCAUCACACCGGGAGGAUACUGCACGACGAUCGAUGAAUACGACUACACUCUGGACUAUCGGAGGGUGUAUUCCGACAGUGCAGCGCACUAUUUUCCGUCGACGAAUACGACGUACUGCGAGUAUGACGACGCUACGUGCACGAAAUGCCUGAGUGACAAGGUCUUGGACGCGUAUUCUGGGAAAGCAAACCUGUCGGCGUAUUGUGUUGGCGAGAGCGACUGCGUUUGUGUGGCGUUUUGCGAAUCGCCGAACUGGAGGUCUAUCGUGGUGGCAGAAGGCUGUGAAGCUUCGUCGGCCACGGACGAGAGUACUGGAUCCAGCCUCUCACCCAUUGGCAUUGCAGCUAUCGUCGUGAUUGGCAUUUUACUCGCGCUGUCGGCGCUGUUGCAGCUCUUCAACAUGUUCCGCGCUCGUCGAAGGGAAGCUCGCUGGCACAACAUGAUCACACAAAGCAUCGCAGUGCGCAGGCAGCCCACGACGGGUCUCACUCUGGAGCUGUCGGCGUGGAAAGAGAUGCGCAAUGGGCUCAUCGCCGAUGAACGCAACAUCAGCGACAAAGAGUUUGUCGGCCACCAUCUCACUGACGCUCCAGACGAUGCUCCUAUGGUAACUGUAGAGGAAGGUGACGGCUACCGCCCGCUGUCCCCUGGUGUGCCCGUGCUCCCUGCUCCACCUCCAUCGCCAGCUCGACCGUCAGCGGUGGCAAUACAAUCGUCGGCAUCGAUUUAG